AAGGGGCGAGACACAUACGAUUCCGAAAAUAAAAACGUUAAUUUUUUCAAUUCCUUUCAUUCCACAAUUCCCAUCCCAAUGUUAGACAUUGGACAUUCUAUAUUUGACAAUCAUCGGUAAUACAGUGUUAACGUAUAAAAAUUCAAACGUCAUCUGUCAUUUGUAUUACACAUAUUAAAUUCCGAACUGAAACUUCGAUUAAAAUCUAAAAAAAUAAUUCCUGUGACAAGAAUUUCUAAAAAAAUGGAAAAAAUAACGAACGAGUGGUCCAAUCUUGAAAAUUUUGUUCGGCACAACGUGCCAAUGUUCUUAAAACUAUUACUUUGGCAAUGUGGCUAUGAUUGUAUGCUCAGUGUUAAGCAAAUUACAAAUGAGACACUUGAUAAACUCGAAAAAUACAUUGAAAAAAAUAAAAAUAAAAUUCUGUGCAAAGUAAUCGCAGAUUUAGAUGAAUUAAAAUAUUGUGAUGACAGUUUAAGUGCAUACAAAGACCAAGAUGUAUUUGAGUUCCUUCCAGGCCAUCGAAUCAUUUUAUUGGGUCUUCGGGACAACAUAGAAUAUAUGCAAUCACAUGCUUUGAAUGAUGGUUUGAAAGGUUUUGAUAAAUUGAUGACAAACGCUGGGACAAACGUAGUACAUGAGCACACAGGAGAAUACUCAGUUAUUUUAACAGAGCUUCUCAAAACUGCCAAAAACAAUUCAAAUAAAUCAAAGCACGCCUAUCAAUACAAUGACAUUGUCAGAUACUUCUCCACGUACAUAUUCUUACUUUGUGGCCGCACCUGUUAUGAAACACUGAGCAAAAAUUUACCAAUUCCAUCGACUAAAACAAUUUUACGUUGCAUAAAAGAUACUAAGGAAUGUAUUAUUGAGGGACAACUUCGCUGUAACGAUCUAGCAAAAUACUUGCACGAACACAAUGCUGGAAAUGAUGUCUGGAUAUGUGAGGAUGGGUCAGGACUCGUCCCAAAAAUAUUGUACGAUCCAUCUUCAGACCAUUUGAUUGGUAUGACAUUGCUCAUAGAUGACAGAACAGGUUGUCCACAACGAUUCAAAGUAACAACUCAGGAUGAAGAGAUGAUAAAAAGUUUUUGCCGCAUGACGAAGUCAUCCCACAUUUACCUCAUUUUAGCCAUUCCUCUCAAAGAAGGAGUUGCACCGUUCGUAUUGCAAAUGUUCGGUACGGACAAUCGUUUUACGGCGCGCAAUGUCGUUAAAAGGUGGAAUUACACUGUCGCCGAACUGAAUAGAUUUGGCAUCAAAGUUCGUGGAUUUUCCUCGGACGGUGACCCGAGGUUAUUAGCCGCAAUGCGAAACCAAAUGUGCUUGGAUGGCGGAAUAUGCUUCAUGCAAGAUGCGACUCAUGGCAUUUUGAAACUUAGAACCUGUUUUCUACGCUCAUAUGCUGCUCUUCCAAUGGGAAAUAAGCUAGCAUCUGUAGCACAUUUAAAACUUUUAAUUAGAAAUGCCCCAAAGGAAGUACAUGGCCUUGUACUAUCUGAUGUGUCGCCUAUAGAUCGUCAAAAUUUCAAAUCGUUCGAAAAGUGUAUGAACAUAAGAACACGCAGAGCAUUGCAAGAAUAUAUUCCAGACAGUGAGGCAACAUCAUUUUUCUUGGACUUAUGUUUGAAAGUGUCUACAAGUUUGAUGGACUAUGAUAUCACUCCGUACGAGAGAAUUGAAAUGUUAUUCCAUGCCAUUUUUUUUCUACGAAUCUGGAGAAAGUGGAUUAUUCAAUCGAAAUAUAUUUUGCGCGAAAAUUUUAUCACAUCCAAUGCAUACUUAUGCACAGAGCUGAAUGGGGCGAAUUUGCUGAAAUUAAUUCGGAUAUUUCGAGAUGAAAACAAGCCUGAGCUAUUUCUCACUACAAUGUUUGAUAGCCAGGCUUGUGAACGCGCAUUCAGACAGCUGCGCUCAAUGGGCACACCAAACUUCACUAAAAUAAAUUUUACACUCCUUGAAUUGCUCCAUAUGGUGAGAAGAAUCGAAGUUCAGAAUGAAAUAGUUUACUCAAAAUUAUCAGGUCUAGAUAUUAAAUUGCCGAAAUUGGAGAAGAAGCACCAAACCACAAAAAUAUAUAAUCUCCCAAAUGAAGAAGAAAUUGAGGAAUGUUUAAAGCGUGCAAAGCGUUUUGCCAUCAAUGAUGCUGAUCGUUUUGAAAUGCAAAUAAAUCCAGAUGAGAUUGAUGAAUGUGAAAUAAAUAUUCUAAGUGGCUUGAGAGGCGAUGAAGAAACGAGUGAUAGCUAUAAUAGUGACGACGAAAAUGAAAGCGAGAUCGACAUCGAUGAUGCAGACGAUUUUACGGAGAAUAUAAAUGAUGUUCCAGAAAAUGAUGAAACCCCGUUUUUAGAAGAAGAGGAAGAUCAUCAGCGUGCCUUCAUAAGUACAACAGAUCAUUUGGGACGGAAACAACUCUUGCGGAAAAGUACAUUGGUUUGGACACUGUCUGAAGGCACGAAAAAAAUAAGUAGCGACCGUUUGAUUCGUGUUCAAGAAAAAAGUAAGCCUGGUGUUUCAACUGAUUCAUCACCACCAAGCACAGUUUACAUAUCGAAACAAAUAAAAUUGGGAGAUUGGUGUUUCUUUAAUAUGAAAAGAGAUGGAAAUGAAAUGGUACAUAUUGGAUUAGUGCAUGCAUUUAGAUUCGCCAAUCGUAAAUUGGUCAAAGAUAGAAUUUAUAAAUUUGAUUCAGUGAAUUUAGAUGAUUAUAAUAGACCUAAUUUGGAAAUUUUGUCAUCGUGGUAUUUGAUUAAUGACAAAGGUUCAUUGAUUCCAGCAAGUGUCGAAUUCAUUAGUUUGCAUAAAUAUAUUGCAACUGUACCAUCUCCUUCGGUCGACCCGGACACAAGAACAUUAUUUUUCGAUCAAAUUGACUUUAAAGCAAUGGAAAGUGCUACUUUGGAAAUUGUCAACGCCAAUCAAAAUUGAACUAGAUAAACACAACGCGCCAGAUCAUUGGAUGAUGAGAUUUCCAACUAGAGAAA